AUGGCCGAUGACGAAGAGCGCAUCAAGGCCGAGAAGCUAGCUGCCGCGAAAAAGAGGGUUGCUCAGCUCCAGAAACAGAAAAAGAAGGCGAAUAAGAAAGUGGCUAGUGUUGAUAUUUCGAAGGAUGGUGCUGCGGAGUCGUCGGAACCUGUGAAGGAUGUGGUUGCUACGCCGUCGCCGAUAUCGACACCGCCGCCGGUUGUAGAGGGAGAGGGGGAAAGUCCUGUUGCUGAUGCUCCUGCUCCGGUGGUAGAGGAGGAGGCUAAGGUUGAAGAAACAGGAACAGGAACAGGAUCGGAUGAGAAGGUAGAAAAGAGUGAGGAAAAAACGGGUGCAGCUGAAGAUAAAAAGGAAGCGGAAGCGGAAACUGGGACGGAGUCACCGGCUGAAGUCGAACCCAUGCCUGAUGCCCCUACGUCGCCGGGGCCGGAAGCAGAAGUACAGCCCGCUGUGAUAGGGAGAUCAGCGCACGGCAGACAGCCUUCGUUGUCGAUUCAGUCGAAAAUGCGGUCGUCGUCGUUCCGGAAAGGGUCUGUGUCGCAGGGUAGCGUGUCGCCGUCACCUGGGGCGAUGCUGAAGUCGCCUUCGUUGCCGCCGCUGAGUGCGGAUGGGGAGUCUGUGCAGGAGGUGUAUCGGAAGCAGUCGACGCGGAUUGAGGAGCUGGAGAAGGAUAAUAAGCGGUUGGAGAAGGAGUUGGAGGAGACGACGGGACGGUGGAAGAAGACGGAUGAGCAAUUGGAGGAUCUGCGCGAGGCGAGUGUCGAUGUGGCGGAGUUGAAGGAUAAGCUGCAGAAGGCGGAGGAGAGGGUCGCGGAGAUUGAUGAGUUGAAAGCAGAGAUUGCGUCCUUGCAGAGACAGAACUCGCAUCUACAAACCCGCACUCAUAGAAGCAAUGCUAGCGUUUCUGUACCGGCCCCGUCGGAGUCUCCGCCGGCAGAUCUGGUGCAGCAGUUGGAGUCGAAGUCGGCGACGAUCGAGGCUAUGGAGUUGGAGAUCUCGAAUCUUCGCGCACAGCUUUCCUCCAGUAGUGCUCAUGAGGCCCAAAUAGCGGCGCUGGAGGAGAAGCUGUCUGGCAGUGAAUCUGCGCUGGAGAAGGCCCAGAACGAGCUUGCUGAUACCAAGAGCGCGCUGACCCGCGCAUCAGAGAAAGCAGUCAAGGAGGGUGUGGACAAGACCUCUACGGAGACGCUGAUCAAGAACCUCCAGCGGGAGAUCGACGAACUCAAGCAAGAGAAGACCGGAGCAGACAAGAAGACCGAGACGUUGGAGAAGAAGCUCGAAGCAAUGGGAAACCUGCACAAGGAAUCCGAAGCACGGCAUCAAACCCGACUGCGUGAAACCGAGAAGAUUGAAAAAGAAGCCGCUGUACUCAAGAAGAGACUGGCAGACGUCGAGAACGAGAACCUUCGCCUCAAGGAAGAACAGGAGGCUCUCCGCAAACGACAAUCGGGCGAUGGCGGCGCAGACGACGACGCCCUCGACGAACUCGAGGACGAGGAGCGCUCUCGCCUCCACCGCCGCAUCCGCGAUCUCGAAGGCGAAGUCUUCGACCUCCGCCGCGGCGUCUGGCAAGAACGCCGUGAGGAACUGGCCGGUGACCACCAACUCCACUCUCCUUUCCCGCCCGAUCACCCGGCCUCAACCGCCGCCUCCGCAGCCAACACCUUCGACGACGUUGACCUCAUCGGCGGAACCCCCGACCACUCCCGCCGUCGCAGCAUGGCCAACAACAAGAACCAACAUUCAUCCUUCUCGACCGUCCUCUCCAGCGGCAUCGCCGCCUUCACCGGCGGAAACACCUUCUACGGAAACCGUGCCCGCGCCGCCUCGAACCAACAACACCACCCACCCGCAGCACGGGGCAGUCUCGAGCUCCUCUCCGAAGAGAACUUCGACGACGAAUUCGACGAAGCCGAGUUUGCGCGUGCCCAAGCAGAAGAGGAAGCCCGCAAACGGGUCGAAUGGGUCCGGGAGAUCAAGGGCAAGCUCAAGGAUUGGCAUGGAUGGCGAUUGGAUCUGGUUGAUAGUCGAGCCGGUGCUGAGGGCGCUGGGGUCGGGAUGGGUGAGAUUUUCCAGAUCUAA